UCCAAUUUCCCCCGUCCUUCCAACGCCUCGUGACUUAUCAUCAUAUUACAGAAGAGAGAGAAAAAUAAAUUAGUCAGUAAUAUGAUAAACCACUAACCGCAGUAGUAAUUCGACGUUGCUUAUAGUCACAGCCCCACCAAUGACCACUGCCAGGCACUCGUGUCAUGUAUUCAUGUGGUAAAGAUUUUCUCAAUUCAAAAACACUGCGCAACAAUCAAUUCAUCUGCAACAUUUAUCGAUAACAUAUGAAGUGAUUUAAAUAAAAAAAACUAGAAAAAAUAAAUAUUCAUCAAUUGAACGAACACGAUACAGUGACAAAUAAAUUGUGAGGACUGGUGACAAUGGUGAAUAUUGAUAAAAUUAAAGAGACUUAUCCUCUUCACUGGCUCGUCUGGAACAAUGAUCACGUCGAGCUCGACAGGCUGCUAUCAACAAAUCAGCAUAACAAGGAGCAACAUGAUAACCGAGGGAGGACCCCUCUGAUGUUGGCUGUGACUCUUGGCUACAAGGAAUCCAUUCAAGUGCUUCUGAAUAACGAAGUCAACGUUUACACGGAGAAUAAGGACGGAUGGAGUGUCGUUCAGGAAGCAACUGGCACGGGAAAUCCAGAAAUUCUGCAAAUUGUAUUAGCCAGACGAGAUUACCAGAGGUACUGCAAUCGUGUUGACGGAAUUCCUGAGCUUCUCCAGAAGCUCAAGCAGGCGCCUGAUUUUUACGUCGAAAUGAAAUGGGAAUUCACCAGCUGGGUUCCAUUGGCUUCCAGAAUGUGCCCCAGUGAUACGUACAAAGUGUACAAACAGGGCAGCAACGUACGAAUAGACACAACUCUCCUAGGCUUUGACCACACGAAUUGGCAGCGAGGAAAUUUGAGUUACGUUUUCAAGGGCCAAAACGUGCCAAGCACACCUGUGGCUAUAAGGUGUCAGAGAAGUUAUGUGUUCAGCAUGGUGGGAGAAACACCAGAUGACGGUGCAACGAUGAUGGAGGUCGAUCACGAGACACGUAGAGUAUACGUGGAGCACAUGAAGUUGAUUGACGACGAAAAUGUACAAUUAAUGGCACCAUCUGAGGAGGGAAUUCUCGCGCGACUGACGAAUCCAAUAGUUACGACCUACGUCGACACAGACAAAAUUAGUUUUGAAAGGAAUAAAGCCGGACUCUGGGGAUGGCGUUCAGACAAGAGUGAAGUUAUAAAUGGCCACGAGUGUAAAGUAUUUAGUGCGAGUAAUGUCGAAUUGAUAACGAAAACUCGCUUAGAACAUUUGUCAGAUGCUGAUAAAAAUAGUGCGAGGAGUGCCCGUACCCCACUGCAAUCGUUUCUCGGUAUUGCCGAGCAACAGCAGGAGGAAAAUUGCGGUGCCACUUGCAGCGAGGAAUUUUCUCACAUCGGUAAUCCCUGUAAUAUAACACCCGAAGAGUACUUCGAUCCUGAAUUCGAAUUGAAUGGAAGGGACAUAGGCAGGCCAAAGGAGGUUAACACGAAAAUCCAAAAAUUUCGAGCAACUCUCUGGCUCUCCGAGGAUUAUCCCCUGAGUCUUCAAGAGCAGAUAAUGCCGAUCGUCGAUCUCAUGGCCAUCUCAAGCACUCAUUUUGCCAAACUCAAGGACUUCAUUCAAAUGCAACUGCCGUCUGGAUUUCCAGUCAAAAUAGAAAUUCCUCUCUUCCAUGUUCUAAAUGCAAGAAUAACUUUUGGAAACAUUUUUGGUAUGGACCAGGAAGUGGAACACGUUAGAAAAAUCCAAGAUGGAUCAAGAACAAUCUGUGUAGUUGAUGAUAUUUGUUUUGAAGCACCCGCCGGUUAUGCCAAACUCGGAGCUCUCGAUCGAACGCAAUUCAGCAUUGAAGAGGAGGACGAUUUGUUGCAAUUUGCCAUUCAACAGAGUUUGCUCGAAGCCGGUAGUGAAAAAGACGAGGUGGACAUUUGGGAGGCCCUGAGGGCUCAAAAGCCGUCCAGGCCGACGACGCCUAACAUGACGACAGACGAGGAGAGACUACUGCAGAGGGCCAUUCAAGAGAGCUUGGAGCUUUACCAAGAGAGAGUGGAGUAUCUGGACGAUGAAGAGAAGACCCACAGAACAACUAAUAAUCAGGAUGAAAGUUCGAUUGAGGAUACAGCGGAACAGCUCAGAAUUGCACUGCGACUAUCAGAGCAGCAACAAAUUGAGGAGGAACAACGUAGACUACUCGAAGAAGAAACAUUCCGUCAGGUCCUGGAGCUCUCACUCACAGAAAAAUGAAAUCAACAGUCAAAAGUGUUGAAAUGAGUAUUAUGAAUGCUAAAUAACGUGAAAUCUUGCUUCGGAGGAAGGCGCAGGAUAUAAACUCAGUUGCAGUGCUUUUCGUGAACUGUUUUAUAUUUGAAAUAAAUUAAUUUGAAGAAAAAAACAUCUGAAUUGGGGGAAAUGAAGGUGUUAUUCAUUUCGUAGUUUUCUAUUGAGAUGAAUUGUUAGUGAAUUAUUAGUGGAAAAAAAAAACAUCGGGGAAAUUGUCAUGAAAAGUCAUCUGUGGUCCUGGUUUCUCUCGCGACAACAAUCAUAUUUCAUCCGAGGACUCGUCAAUCAUUGAAUUGUGAUUUUAUAAUUAUAAUAGUCAACGUCUUUUCGUCAAUGAAUUAUUCGAAUUCAGAUUGGGCCCUGGAAAAUCGAA